AUGAAGUCUAUCAACAAUGGUGGCUGGCUGGGUUUCUCCCUCUCUCCCAACAUAAGCAUGGAGGUUGCGGCUGACCCGCAUCAUCACCCGAGUCAUCAGGGCCAUCAUCCUCAAGCUCAGUCCACUCCGGCUUCUGUUUCUCCUGCUGUGACCAGCAGCUUCUUCCUCUCCCCUCAGUCCGACAUCUGCUACGGCGUCGAAGGGAGCAAUGGGGCGUUCUGCUCGCAGCUCGCCGUCAUGCCACUGAAAUCCGACGGCUCGCUCUGCAUCAUGGAAGCUCUCAGCAGAUCGCAGCAAGAAGGUCCUCAAUUCCUUCUAUUUUCUUCCUUUCUUCCGCCGAGUUUCUGCUCGCGGCUUCAAAACAAGUCUCCUUCCGCUUCUGUUCUGACUUUUCUUCCCCCCUUUUUUCAACAUCAAUUUAAUGAAGCAAUAGCGCCAACUCCAUCCCCAAAACUGGAAGAUUUCCUCGGCGGCGGCCCAAAUAUGGGGACCCAUCCGUACGGGAGCAACGACAGUGAAGCCAUGGCCCUAAGCCUCGACAGCUUGUACUAUCACCAAAACCAUGGAUCUGGUGGCAGUAGAAGCCACCCAAUGGACCUCCUCCAUCAGCCCUUCCGGCAGCAUAUUCCGGUAGAACAGAGACAACAGGAGCACCCCCAGACGUAUUUCCAGCCCUUGCAGGAAGGUAUGUGCUCUGGUCUUACAGGGCAUGACUUCUACCAGGCCGCGCUGGAGGAGCCAAUGGCCGGAGACGGGAUUCCUUGCUUGAAGAACUGGGUUGCCAGGCACUACAGCGCCCCCGGCGAUGGGCUGGCGAACGAGCCAGCGGUUGGGUCUGUUGGUGCAGUGGGCUACGGGGAUUUGCAGCCACUGAGCUUGUCCAUGAGCCCAGGCUCUCAGUCCAGCUGCGUCACCGCUCCCCAGCAGAUUUCUCCCGCCGGAGCAAACCAGUGCAUGACUUUCGACACCAUGAAGAAGAGGGCUAAUGGGAGGGCUGGCCAGAAGCAGACCGUCCAUCGUAAGUCCAUCGACACAUUUGGACAGAGGACAUCGCAGUAUAGAGGCGUUACCAGGUUAGUCUUCAAGCCCUAGGGAACUCUCUCUCUAGCCCCUCGAGUCAGCUCUGUGCGUGUUUCGAAUGCUGAUGCCCCCUUAAUGCCAACACCCGCUACUCUUACCUUCGUGCGCUUUGUUCGCUUUAACAUUUCUUAUUAUAUUUACUCGGUGUACAUAAAAUUUGUACCCUCUCCCCACCACCAUCGUCUCAUGAAGAUCAUGUGGACCAUGCUUGAGUUGGGUGGGUUUCAUGGCGAUCUCCGCCUCUUCUUUCCUGUUUCUUAAGAGCCGAAUUUUGUUCAGGCAUAGAUGGACCGGUAGAUACGAAGCUCAUCUAUGGGACAACAGCUGCAAGAAGGAAGGGCAGACCAGGAAGGGCCGGCAAGGUUGGUACACGGACACGUUCCAGACUCAUCAAUCUUCUCUUUCUCCUCCUCUUCCGUCGGCUGACCUCGUUUAUUCUCUCUCUGCCAUGUCUCCGGUGGGAAUGAUCUCCCUGGGCUUCAGUUUAUCUGGGUGAGCAGCCUCUCCUCCUGCAGCUUCAUCGUUUUAAUAGAUUAAUCUGCGCUCAGCUCAGCGGCCUGCUAUCUCUCGCUCUCAGGGGGUUACGACACGGAAGAGAAAGCUGCGAGGGCUUACGAUCUAGCUGCGCUCAAGUACUGGGGGCCCUCGACCCACAUCAACUUCCCGGUAAUGGUCAGCUCCUCCCCCCCUCUCACUCAUGGUAGGUGGGGAACGAUGGUUUGAUGGUGGCCUGGCCGGGUUUUAUGCAGAUUGAAGGCUACCAGGGAGAGCUCGAAGACAUGAAGAACAUGAGCAGGCAGGAGUACGUCGCCCAUCUCAGAAGGUGACCUGGGUCUCUUCCCUCAAUUAUACCGCUCUUCCUCUGCCCACUGCCGCUAAUAUCUCCUCUCCUCGACUCUGCCAGAAAGAGCAGCGGAUUCUCGAGGGGCGCAUCCAUGUAUCGAGGAGUCACAAGGUAUUAUCGUCUCGCGCCUGUCCAGAAGAGGUCAUCGGCUGGGAAAUUCCAUCACUGUUCUAACUUUGAUCGUCUUCGUCGGCCCUUCAGGCAUCAUCAACAUGGGAGAUGGCAGGCUCGGAUCGGCAGGGUGGCGGGGAACAAGGAUCUCUAUCUCGGCACAUUCAGUAAGUUCGAAACGCUCUGUGUUUGAUCUAUAAUUCUCGUCAAUGAUGCCGGCUACUACUACAUAGAGUGGGUGGGGGUCUAUGUACCUCUCCCCUCCCCAUUCACGUUCAAACCGCUGCUGAGAGGAAAAACCAGUGACUGUUCUUUUAGUAAGGCUGAAUCCACGAAUGCUGCAAAAGGCGAAAGCGAAUAGAGGAGGCAAUCAUGCUUCUGCUGGCUUUCCUCUGCGCAGGCUCUUCUGAUUCAAAUCCAUGGAUAUUCCUGUCGAUCGAGCUUUCUCUAGGUUCUCAAGACUUUGGGUCUUUUUUCAGGCACGCAGGAGGAAGCGGCCGAGGCGUAUGACAUCGCCGCCAUCAAGUUCCGCGGGGCCAACGCCGUCACCAACUUCGAUAUAACCAGAUACGACGUCGAGAAGAUAACGGCCAGCAGCACCUUGCUCUCCGGGGAUCUUGCCCGGAGGAAAACCGCCGCCGGAGCCGGAAACAGCGCCGCUCCUCCGGGGGAGAACAACAUCACCAGGGCGACGGAGCUGUCGGAGGAGCAGAACGCCAAUCCGGUGUGGAAGACGACCCAUCAUAACCAGAAGCCGACGGCGUCCAUACCGCCGGCUUUCCAUGGGCUGUUGGCGAUGGACUCGGUGGAGAGGAUCGAGGACUCCGCCGCCCAGCUGAAGAACGUGGCGGCGUCCUCCUUCGUGACCACUCUGAACAGCAGCUCCAGGGAGGAGAGCCCCGACAGGGGUGGCGUCUCCAUGGUGUUCCCCCGGACGGCCCCUCUCAACUCCUGGGUGCCGGCGGCGGCCCAGAUCAGGCCUGCGAUCCCCGUGGGUCAAAUCCCGGUCUUCGCCGCCUGGUCCGAAUCCAUCUAG